AUGGUUGAAAAUAUAAUAAUUAAAACAAAUGAUGAAGAUUAUUAUAGAAUAUUAGGUAAUAUUCGAGACUAUCCUAAAAAAGCUGUUUUUAAUAUAGAGGAAGUUAUCCCAUUUUUUAAAUAUUUAUGUUUUCAAUGGGAAGAGAAUUUUACUCCUUUUAGAUUUAUUGAGUUUGUUCACAAUAAAUAUUUUAUAUGCCCAAUUGUUGUGAUAAUAUAUUUGUUAUUUUGUAAAUAUGGAAAUAUUCUUAUGGAAAAUAGAAAGCCAUUUAAUAUAAAAAAAAUAAUAAUAAUAUGGAACUUGUUAUUAUCAUGUUUUAAUAUGGUUGUAAUAAUGAGAUUAUUACCUGUAUUGUUAUAUAUAAUUUAUCAUUAUUCUUUUACUGGAUUAUUAAUAAUACCACCAGUUUAUAUGUAUGCAUUUGGUCCUGUUGGAUUGUGGAUAUGUUUAUUUAUAUUAUCUAAAUAUUUUGAAUUAAUUGAUACAUGUUUUUUAAUUUUAAGAAAAAAAGAAGUUACGUUAUUACAUUGGUUUCAUCACUCAACUGUUUUAUUAUAUACAUGGGAUACCUAUUUUGUUGAAUUACCAGCUGGAGUUGUUUUCAUUUUUAUUAAUGCUUUUGUACAUGUUAUUAUGUAUUUUUAUUAUUUUUUAGCUACACUAUAUAAUAGACCAUUAAAAUGGAGUGUUGUUGUUACUUUUAUUCAAAUUUUUCAAAUGGUUUUGGGUAUUUUAUUAACCCUUUAUUGCUUAUAUAUAACUUAUAUUUCUAAGUACAAUACUAGUUGGGAUAUCAAUAUUAUUCAUAAAUUAAAAGAUAAUUUUUCAUUGGAUAAUGGUCAUUAUAUUUCAAGAAAAAAUAUAUUCUGUGCUUGUAUAAUGUAUUUGUCUUAUUUAUAUUUAUUUGCAAAAUAUUUUAUUAAUAGAUAUGUUGUUAAUUACUUAAAAAAAAAGCAAAAAUGA